AUGUUAGACUUCUAUCUAUCUAUCUAUCUAUCUCGGCCAUGUACCGCAAUUAUUGUACUUACAUUAAUAAAUAUAAUCUAUCUCUAUCUAUCUAUUAAAUGUCGGUCUGUUCAUUAUCUAUCUAUCUAUCUAUCUAUCUAUCUAUUAAAUGUCGGUCUGUUCAUUAUCUAUCUAUCUCUCUAUCUAUCUAUCUAUCUAUCUAUCCUCAUUCUAUUCAUAUCUAUCUAUCUAUCUAUCUAUCUAUCUAAUCUCGGUCUAUGCAUUAUCUAUCUAUCUCUCUAUCUAUCUAUCUAUCUAUCUAUCUAUCUAUCUAUCUAUCUAUCUAUCUAUCCUCAUUCUAUUCAUAUCUAUCUAUCUAUCUAUCUAUCUAUCUAUCUAUCUAUCUAUCUAAUCUCGGUCUAUGCAUUAUCUAUCUAUCUCUCUAUCUAUCUAUCUAUCUAUCCUCAUUCUAUUCAUAUCUAUCUAUCUAUCUAUCUAUCUAUCUAUCUAAUCUCGGUCUAUGCAUUAUCUAUCUAUCUAUCUAUCUAUCUAUCUAUCUAUCUAUCUAUCUAUCUAUUAAAUAUGCUUUCGUCUUUUUUUUUUCUUUCUGUUUUUAUCUUUACAUUUUUUUCUCAAUUUCCGUUUCUUUUUCUUUUACCUUCGGUUCGCUUCUUUCUUCCUUCUCUGUCCGUUUUCAUCUAUUUUGACUUUCUUUCUCUGUCUAUUCUUGUUCUUUCUUCUGCUCAUGUUAUACAGGAUACAACGGACAUCUUUCUUUCCUCCUUUAUAUUCUUCUAUCUAUUUAUCUAUCUAUCCUCACAGUCAUAUUUUCCUUCUUUCUUUUUCUUUAUUUCUUGCCCCAGUCCUUCUUUUUUCCUUUCCUUUUCUUUCUUUCAUUUUUUCUUUUUUAUUUCCACACAGUCAUCUUUCUUUCUUUCUUUCUUUCUUUCUUUCUUUCUUUCUUUCUUUCUUUCUUUCUUCACAGUCCUCUUUCGUUUUAUCUUUCUCUUUUCUUUCUUUCUUUCUUUCUUUCUUUCUCUCUUUCUUUCUUUCUUUUUUCACAGUCAUUUUUCUUUCUUUCUUUUCCCCACUUUCAUCUUUCUUUGUGCCGUCAUCAUUUAG